AUUGUCCAAUCAACGCAUGACAUGACAUUUACGUAUUCAUGAGUGUUGGAAGCGACCACAAUACUGCUGUGCACGUGAAAAAUAACCACAGACUCGAACUACUGAUUGUCAAAAUGGCAUCUGAAUUUUUCCUAUAUUGGGGGUCGGGAAGCAGCCCAUGCUGGAGGGUAAUGAUAACACUCGAAGAGAAGGGCUUGUCUGGGUAUGGAAACAAACUGGUUUCCUUUGAGAAGAGUGAACACAAAUCGGAAGAUAUCCUCAAACUCAACCCUCGUGGACAGGUGCCAACGUUGAAACAUGGUGACAUUGUUAUUAAUGAGUCAAUUGCAUGCAUGUUGUACCUACAAUGUACAUUUAAGGACAAAGGCAACAGUCUUUUACCGUGCUCAGGUAAUCCGGCUUUUAAGGCACGCGUUCUGCAGAGGUUGAUGGAAGUGAACAACAUUCAAUCAGCUGUACGUGGUGUGAUGAUGUACAUGAGGAAGAACAAAGACAAUAUUGAUGAGGCACAGUUGGGUCCCCUGAAAGAAGCUUUACGUACUGAGCUGAAACGAUGGGAUGAUUAUCUAAAAGAGACUGGAGAUUACAUUGCUGGACCUUCAUUCAGUUUAGCCGACUGCGCCUUCUUUCCAUUUGUAGCAGUUCUGCGGCGUCAGGGUUUGGAUCUAUCAAAGAAUUUACCCAAUUUAUCCAAGUAUUAUGAACAACACAAGGACCGACCAUCCAUACAGGCGUCAUGGCCACCACACUUCAAGGAAACUCCAGACCAAGAUAAUCUGGCCAAGUUAUAUGAUUAGUUUGUUUCUUAGUUGUAGCUGGUCAUAUUGUCGUGUUCUUGUUAAAUUAAUGCCAAUAUAUACCACUAUGUGUUAUCCAUCAAUGAUCUAUUCAAAGAAUCACUUAUUUUAGAUCAGGAAACAUUAAUGUUGAAUUAGUACUAAUUUAUUCAUGUUUCAUAGUUCUUUGUAUUUGUAUUUCACACAACAAAUUAUGAUAUUAAACAAAGUACAAGACAGAUGAACUAAGAUGCUAUGA